GCCUGCCCACUCGCCCCUGCGCUGCGCGGUGGCUUGACCGCCAAUGCUCAACAGGUAACGCCCCAGGCCAACUUACCGGCCCUCCCUCACACGGCGGGGGAGUGGCCGCCCCCCUACGGCCACCCUGCACGCUGCCCGGGCCUCCCCUCGCAGCCAGAGAGAGGGGCGCGGCUGCUACUCUCGUCCGGCCACUUCCCGUUCUGGGCCGGCCCAGCGGCGGAGGCUCCUGCCUUGUUCCCCGCUCCGCUGCGGGCGGAGGGCUGCAGCCUCCGCCUCAGUGUCUCGGUCCACGCGCUGCCUGCUCUGCAAACCUGGAGGCCAAACGCCAGAAAGACAUGGGGCACUGAAGACUGAAGGAGAGAAGGUUGUUUUAAUGUAUUUGGACUUACUUCAAAGAACGAUGCCAGGAACUUAAAAAGGGGCCGCGCUGAGAGGCAGGGGCCCUGGCUCCCGAUUGUCCUCUACCAGGAAGACACGUUCAGCCCAAGAUGAAUUCGGGACAAGCAACCACUUGCUCCUUUAACCAUGGAGAAGCGGGGCCACGGUGAGAUGGAAAUAAUCCCCUCAGAGUGUCCCCACUCCUACAUUAAGUUGUUGAAAAGCAACCGCGAACUCCUGGUCACGCACAUCCGCAACACUCAGUGUCUGCUGGACAACCUGCUGAAGAAUGAUUACUUCUCGACCGAAGAUGUGGAGAUCGUGGGCGCCUGCCCCACGCAGCCCGACAAGGUCCGCAAAAUUCUGGACCUGGUGCAGAGCAAGGGCGAGGAGGUGUCCGAGUUCCUCCUGCACGUGCUCCAGCGGCUCGCCGAUGCUUACGUGGACCUCAGGCCGUGGCUGGCGGAGAUCGGCUUCUCCCCUUCCAGGCUCAUUCAGAGCAAAACGGUGGUCAACACCGACCCAGUGAGCAGGUACACCCAGAAGCUGCGACACCAACUGGGCCGAGACUCCAAGUUCAUCCUGUGCUACUCACAGAAGGAGGAGGUGCUGCUGGAGGAGACGUACACAGACACCAUCAUGGAGCUCGUCAACCUCAGCAAUGAGAGCCUGGGCAGCCUGGGCAGCCUGGCCUGCCUCCUGGACCCCUCCACGGGCGUCCUCAACGAGCAGGGGGAGACCAUCUUCGUCUUCGGCGAUGCCGGCGUGGGCAAGUCCAUGCUGCUGCAGCGGCUACAGAGCCUCUGGGCCGCCAGCCAGCUGGACGAGGGGCUCAAGUUCUUCUUCCACUUCCGCUGCCGCAUGUUCAGCUGCUUCAAGGACAGCGACACGCUGAGCCUGCAGGACCUGCUCUUCAAGCAUUACUGCUACCCGGAGCAGGACCCCGAGGAGGUGUUCGCUUUCCUGCUGCGCUUCCCCCACACCGCUCUCUUCACCUUCGACGGCCUGGACGAGCUCCACUCGGACUUUGACCUGAGCCACGUGCCCGACACCUCAUCGCCCUGGGAGCCUGCCCACCCCCUGGUCCUGCUGGCCAACCUGCUCAGCGGGAUGCUGCUCAAGGGGGCCGCCAAGGUGCUCACGGCCCGCACGGGCAUCGAGAUCCCACGGCAGCUCCUGCGGAAGAAGGUGCUUCUGCGGGGCUUCUCCCCCAGCCACCUGCGGGACUACACCAGGAGGAUGUUCCCCGACCGGGCCACGCAGGCCCGCCUGCUGGACCAGCUGGAGGCCAACCCCAACCUCUGCAGCCUGUGCGCCGUGCCCCUCUUCUGCUGGAUCAUCUUCCGCUGCUUCCAGCACUUCCACGGCACCUUCGACAGCUCCCUGCAGCUGCCCGACUGCUCCGUGACCCUGACCGAUGUCUUCCUGCUGAUCACCGAGGUCCACCUGAACCGGACGCAGCCCUCCAGCCUGGUGCAGCGGAACACGCGCAGCCAGAUGGAGACCUUCCGCACCAGGCUGGGCACCCUGCACUCGCUGGGGCAGGUGGCCCACUGGGGCAUGGAGAAGAACCUCUUUGUCUUCAGCCAGGAGGAGGUACAGGCCUCUGAGCUGCAGGAGGCUGACCUGCAGCUGGGCUUCUUGCGGGCCAUGCCUGAGCUGGGCCUCGGCGGGGACCAGCAGUCCUAUGAGUUUUUCCACACCACCCUGCAGGCCUUCUUUACCGCCUUCUUCCUCGUGGUGGACGACAAGGUGGGCACUCAGGACCUGCUCAGGUUCUUCCAGGAGUGGGUGCCUCCCGGGAAGGCAGCAGCUGUGUCCUGUUCCCCCCUCUCCUUCCCUUUCCAGUGCCUGGGGGACGGUGGCCUGAUGGGGGAAGACCCCUUCAAGAACAAGGAUCACUUUCAGUUCACCAACCUCUUCCUAUGCGGGCUGUUGUCCAAAGCCAAAAAGAAACUCCUGCAACACCUGGUGCCAGCUGCGGCCCUUAGGAAAAAGCGCAAGGCCCUGUGGGCACACCUGUUUUCCAGCCUGCGGUCCUACCUGAAGAACCUGCCCCGUGUUCAGACUGAGGGCUUCCACCAGGUGCAGGCCAUGCCCACCUUCAUCUGGAUGCUGCGCUGCAUCUAUGAGACACAGAGCGAGAAGGUGGGGCAGCUGGCGGCCAGGGGCAUCUGCGCCAACUACCUCAAGCUGACCUACUGCAACGCCUGCUCGGCCGACUGCAGCGCCCUCUCCUUCGUCCUGCACCACUUCCGCAAGCGGCUGGCCCUCGACCUGGACAACAACAACCUCAACGACUACGGCGUGCGGGAGCUGCAGCCCUGCUUCAGCUGCCUCACCGUCAUCAGGCUCAGCGUAAACCAGAUCACCGACGCUGGGGUCAAGGUGCUGUAUGAAGAGCUGACCAAGUACAAAAUCCUGACGUAUUUAGGCUUGUACAACAACCAGAUCACGGACAUUGGAGCCAGAUACGUCGCCAGCAUCCUGGACGAGUGCAAAGGCCUCACGCACCUGAAAAUGGGGAAAAACAAAAUAACGAGUGAGGGAGGAAAGCGUCUCGCCCUGGCUGUGAAGAACAGCAAGUCCAUCUUUGAAGUUGGGAUGUGGGGCAAUCAAAUUGGUGAUGAAGGAGCAAAGGCCUUCGCCGAGGCCCUGAGGAACCACCCCAGCCUGACCAACCUGAGUCUGGCAUUCAAUGGCAUUUCCACAGAAGGAGGGAAGAGCCUCGCCCAGGCCCUGCAGCAGAACGCGUCUCUGAGAAUAUUCUGGCUCACCAAAAAUGAACUCGACGAUGACGUGGCCGAGAGCAUGGCAGAGAUGUUGAAAGUCAACCAGACGUUGAAACAUUUAUGGCUGAUCCAGAACCAGAUCACUGCCCGGGGGCUCGCCCGGCUCGCAGACGCGUUGCAGAACAACACCGGCAUCAUGGAGGUCUGCCUGAAUGGGAACUUGAUCAAGCCCGAGGAGGCCCAAGGCUUUGAAGAUGAGAAGCGGCUUGUCUGUUUCUGAGAGGACGCUUUCCCGUCCGUGGGGCUGGGCCCUUGGGGGGCGCUCCAGCAGCCGCCACCACACUGGGCGGUCACUUGGUCUGGUCACCCAGUCUUCUUCUGCGUCUCGGAAGGGGUCUGCUGAGAUGGUGAGUUGGGACCGCCUGCUGGGAGCCUCUGCCUUCGAGAUGCAAGUCCACCUCCCCGCAGAGGCUGAGGGGCAGACCACACUCCCUGCAAAACGCUCCCCGCACUGCUGUUGCCGUUUUGCAGGGAGAGGGUGGGCUUUGUAAGACUGUAAACAUGCUGUGAAGAGAUGUGAACACACGUCCACGGUCACUUUAACCUGAGACUAGAGGAGUACGACUUGGAGCUCCCCCAAACGCCUGCCCUGCGGACCGGGGGAGCAGCGAGCUGGCCACUGCUGUCGUCCGGGAACGAUCUGGGGCUCCGUGCAGAAGUCGGCGCUGAGUUUUUGCAGGAAAGGUGCUCUGCGAGCGAGAAGUGUUUGCCCUGGUGUGUUCUCCUUGCUCGGUCCCUCCCCCACGUGUUGCUGUUAUUCCCACUUCUCGGCUGUCGGUUCCGAGGUGUGUGCAGGGUGGGGAGGUCGUUGGUGUCAAGGAAAGGACUCGUCACAGGCUUUAGUUCGAGUCCUGGGGUGUCACUGCCAACAGAGACCCCUGGAGCAGGUCUAGGGGAAUGGACGAGGCCUCCGUGAGGCUGAGUUUCCACUCGGGGCUUCCUCGGGGCUCGGCUGACCCCCCCACCCAGGACACCAGUACUGGGGGCAAAGCCACUCCGCCUGGGAAGAAGCACCGCCCGCCUUCAAAAGCAGUGAGGCGUGGAGCGCCUUCGUGACCCCGGCACCCAGACAGAAGCGCCUUUCCCUCUCGCCCUCCUGAGGAAGUCUCCUCCUGCCCCUGUGAACCUGGGAGGGCUGCUGGGCUGGAGCCGAGACUCGGGGGGAGCUGCGGAGAACCCGGCUGGCAGAACGCGUCAGACUGCCCACCACGGUGGGCACGGGGUGGAUGCCGAACGGGGGGGCCGGGGUGGCGACAGGGCCAGAUGACUCGUUCUGUUACCGAUGCGUUUGUUAAUAAAACAGUGGACA